AUGCCUUGUUCCUGCUCCAUUACGGAUAGCUACAUAUAUGGUGGUGGCUUAGCCAGUAUAUUGACAGUACCCAACAUGGACGAAGCAGCCGACACAGUCCAGCGUCUGCGGUUGCACCGAUUACAAUGGGCGGCCAACUCUGAGGCAUGGGUUUCAGCUAUACGCGGGUCGGAUGAGCCUUUAGUACGAGAUUUGCUAUACAAUUUCCACACAUAUAGCGAUGAUCGGUUGCUUCAACUAGCUCAGGAGCAGAGGGUACACAUUGGAUUUACAGUAGAGCGCCUGCCGUUUGGUCACUUUGCUGUCGCUGACUAUUUGGUCCCUCAAGCGAUUGACCAAUUAAUAAUUAUGAAAGAUGAUCUUUAUUUCCAGUAUACCGUUGCUUUUGUUCCCAGACUUUGGUCUUUCUUAGAUCAAUUCAAUUCGCUGAUUCAUUGCUGGCAUUCGUCAGGACUCGAUAAGUACUGGGAAAAUCGUAUUGUGGCUGAUAACUUAAACCUCAAAAUACAAAAACAACUCGAAGAAACCAUGUCAAGAAAUAAAGAAGAUAUUGGUUCGAACAUGCUUGGAAUGACUAACUUUGCCGGAAUCAUCCUUAUUUGGGUGUUAGGAUCAAGUGUUGCAGUAUUGUCUUUUUCUUUUGAGUUACUAUAUUUAUCUAAUGUUUUCACGUUUAUACACAAUAAGUAUAAACAUACUUAUAAAAUAUGAAUAUUUGAUAAACAAUGGUAUUAUGGGAAGAAAUAAAACUAAGGUUUAAACUACCGUUCGUCAAAAAAAUGAAAUCCUAAUGUUUAUUCAACUAAACCUUUGGUUUAGGGCAUGGUUGCCCUGGUUUCCCUCACCCAAACAAUUAGGAUUGACGUGGCAAACUUCAGCGAGCCUUAUAUUCAUUAUAGAAAACACAUAAAACUUAAACAACGUAAAGGCUGAAAAAGAAUAUGUU